AAAGUGAUGUUGUGACUUCCUUUUAUGUGUCUAGAAAAUUAGCUACGUUUACGAACAAAAUUAACGUUUGACUAGAUUUGAAGACACAACAAAGCAAGGAAGAAGAAGAAUCAUUUGGCAUCUCGUAAUUAUGUCUUUAAGUGGAUUCGCCCCUGUUGGCUCUAGUUUUGCCAUGAUGCCGGAUUGUGUUCUCAAUCGUGUGUUUGACUUCCUUUCCUACGAUGAGGUGUCGCAAAUCCGCGUUUUGACCAAAAGAAUCAAUCAUCUGUGUCAGUCGCAUUUGAACCGCGGGUUCAAAGGUGCCGAGCGCUACCACGCGGAAUGCAUCAAAGAAGUCAAAUCCAAGUUACCUCGACGAGAAUCCGUCCGGCGCAACCACCCUCUAAUCCGACAUUCUGAUAUCCUCACGGCCGUGGAGACGCGAUUGUCGCUUCUCUCCAUGACCUUCAUGAAGUUUGUGGACGCGGAUCUGUGUUGCUUCAUCCCUGGAAAAGUGGUGGACGAGAUAUUUCGCGUACUGAGAAAGAUCCGCCAUGAGAAGGUCUUGCCCCGAGCAUUUGAUGUGCUCCAAGAGCUCCGCGAUAUCUCAUCCAUGGCCAUGGAGCAUUUUGAAGAGAAGAUCGUGCCCACUUUCAAUCUCAGUAACAUAUCGCUACUCUCGCCCAAAUCCACCAGUUCGUUUCUGUAUGGAUUGCCCGUGGCGGAUACCUCCACGCCCAUCCGCCCAUCCUCCUCCUCUUCCUCUCCGUCGUCGUCGGCAAAUCCGGGUCGAGUCUCCAUGAUCGGCAACAAGAUCCUGGUCACGGACAACAAGUUCCGCUCACUUACCAAAAGCAACAAGAAGUUCCUCUCAGACACGCGCAGGAUCGUCAAAGAGUUUAAGGCCACCAUUCAGGAACAGAAUAACAAGAUCUCGAAUUUAGAAAAUGUCCUGUCGGCCCAAGAGGCCGUGAUUGCCAAUCAAUCCGAGUUGCUCAAGAAACAAUCAGCCAAGUUAUUGAAUCUGGAGAAGCAUAUGAUUUCCAACAAGGGCAAGCCAGGGCAAGACGUGGAACACCCAGUGGACACACCCAGAGGAGUCAAAAGAAGCCUGUCCGAGGACGACGAGGACCAGGGAAGGCCUCAGUCAAGUCCAACAUCCAUGUCAUCUAGUAGUGGCACACAACCUGAAGCCAAAGUACUCAAACUGUCAGAGUGAAUGUUCUCUGGACCAUUCAGAUUCUCCGGACACAUAAAGAUUCAUAGCAGCUCUG